AUGUCUUUCGCUCACGUUAACAAUCUGCCUUGUUCUCAUGCCCAGUCCGAGGCGCUUUCGCUGUCAGAUGGCUCAGAGAGUCCUCCUCUGUACUCCACACCCAAUCACGCUUUCAUGUCGUCCCAGACCACCGUAAUCAACACUACGCUCGAGAAAGACUUCACCGUCAACUUUAAUUGUGGGCAUCUCGGCAUGAACAUUGUUGGUAACAGCGAUGUGACCGAGGCCAGGGUCAGGUGUCUUUCCGAGUGCUGCGUCGAUAUCCUUUACGACAAGGUCAUCGAGGGCCUGUUUGCUCCCGCAUGGAGGAAGGAGUUCCAGGCUCUUGUCGCUCUCGCUGUCAGCAAUGAAGUGAAUGAUAUCUACAAGGACGAUACCUUCGCCACGUUCUUUCACAGCUGUGCGGCCGAGGAAGUGGCCAGGGCGCUCGAAGCUGCUAAGGUCAGGCAGACGUACCAGGCAGCGCAGAGGCGCACGGGCUCCUCGUUUCGCCGAGCCCACCGUGGGUUAUCAGUACCUUUAGAGGAGAUGCCUCUUGGAGACGUCUCGUCAGCGGGUCCUCUCGAAGGCAUCGAACUGACGUGCUUGGGCAUGAUGAACCCCACCCGUCGUCCUAUGGGCGUCAUCCCCGGUGACAGGAUCAUCAACCGUAAUGUCAACCCGACAAUGCGUAGGCUGAUCUCCCGUCUCCCGAAGCGCGACGUAGUAUUGCCAAAUCGCGCCUCGGUGACGUACUUCACGCUGCCGUCGAAGUCCACAGCACCAUUCUAUUGGGUGCCGUAUGGACACGCCAUUGGCGUGUUCUCAGGAGAAAGCAGAAUUUCACCCUCUGGGCCGCUGUUAACGGCGCUGAAUCCCACGCCUGCGAUACAGUGGACAAAGCCCAUGACCUGCUCGAGGAUGCCUUGA